CAGGAGGAAGAGCUGUGUCUCAGUUACACAGAUCUCUUGUCAGCAAACAGUAGUUAGAGGCUCUUACCGAGCCAAGCCAUGCAUUUGCUGUUGUGACAGGAUCAUUUGAUCUAAUAAAUGAGUAAAUGCUGGUAGUUGUCUUUGUCACCAGGCAGUAGGAGAGACAUGUGCCUAUGAUAAUGGAGAUAAAGGACUCGGGCAGCGUGGUUCUGACAGCCUACCAUUCUUAUACUCCUUCUAGGAUACCAAUAAUGGAACAAACCUUUGUGCCAGAGAUUUCCUCCAGCCACUCUCCUAUCAGCAGGUUCAUUGACACUGAUACUGAGCUACAAUCAAGCUGAAGAUGACACUAAAUAUGGUGUAUAUAUAAAAUCCCUCCCACGAUGUCAAAGAAUUAACAGGAUGCUUUCCAAUGAGUCUUUACAUCCACCUGUGUUCAGCCGGUCCAAUUCACAGGCCUCCAUGGAUAGCACUUCAAUGGAGGAUUUCUGGUGUGAAGUGGAAAGUAUCAAAGAGAGCAGUGAAAAUGGACAAGAAGAACAAACAUUGUUAGAAGUCAAACCUGCUGAUGAGGGGGAGCUUGAAGCUGAAUGGCUGCAAGAAGUGGGUUUAUCUACCUUGAUCUCGGGAGCUGAAGAGGAGGAUGGACAAGCCUUGUUAUCUACACUGACCCGAACUCAAGCAGCUGCUGUACAAAAGAGAUACAACACCUACACCCAGACAAUGAGGAAGAAAAAUAAGCACACAGUCAGAGAUGUGCGAGACAUCUUUGGAGUCAGUGACUCUUCUAAGCCCACAUUUGAGACAGCUCCAGUGUCACCAGUUCCUUCUAAUGGUCUCCAGCUUCCCGGCCAAAAGCCAGCUUGGAAAUCAGUUAGCUCUAAUAGCUGUCUAGACUGUGGACUAGAUAAAGACAGGCCAUCAGUAACAGAAGAGCUAUUCCAUGAAGUUUCUUUCUCAGAAUCCAUUACAGUGCUUCCAAAAAGGAGAGAAUGGCCAAACAACCAACGAUUCAAAAAGGAUGAUUCUGCUUUGCCUAAAUUUAUUGUUCGGAAAAGCCGGUUUGGACUGACAGAGACUGGUGAUCUGUCUCUUGAAGACAUGAAGAAAAUUCGCUAUCUUUCUUUGAUUGAGCUGACAGCCUUCUACGAUGCACUGGGAAUAGAACUGAAAAGGAACAGAACAGAAAGAGUCAAAGGACGAGAAAAUGGCCUUUUUGGAGUCCCUCUCACAAUACUACUAGAAAAUGAUCAAAAGAAAGUUCCUGGAAUAAAAGUUCCUCUCAUCUUUCAAAAAUUGCUGCUCAAGCUUGAGGAAACAGGCUUAGAAACAGAAGGAAUUCUUCGAGUACCUGGAUCUGCUUCAAGAGUUAAGAAUCUCCACCAAGAACUUGAAACAAAAUUUUAUGAAGACUUGUUUGACUGGGAUCAAGUACGAAACAAUGAUGCAGCAGGACUGUUAAAGAUGUUUAUAAGAGAACUCCCAAGUCCUCUAUUCACUGUAGAAUACCUGCCUGCCUUCAUCAUGUUAGUGGAAAGAAUCUCCAAGAUCAAAUUACAGUUACAAGCUUUACAUCUGUUGAUCUUGUUGCUGCCUGAUGCCAGCAGGGACACAGCCAAGGCCUUUCUGCAGUUCCUGAAGAAGGUCGUUGCUAAUGAAGGGAAAAACAAAAUGAAUUUAUGGAAUGUUUCCAUGAUCGUUGCACCAAACCUCUUCAUCUGCAAAGGCAAACGGGCAAACCAAGAAGAGAUGCAAGCAGCAGCCACCACAGCACACAUAGUCAGACUUUUAAUUAGGUACCAGGACAUCUUGUGGACAGUCCCAUCUUUCCUGAUUUCUCAGGUAAGAAAGAUGAAUGAGGCUGCAAUGAACAACAGCAAGAGGCAGCUGAUGUUUGACAAGGGAGUGAGAAAACUUCUAAGGAGGAAGACGAUUGAGCGAGAGAGGCCCGAAAGAUCAGAGGGAAUUGUCACUUUGCCACCAUGUCUGCAGUCAGAUAUACCUGAGGGAGUGAUAAGAGUUUAUGCUCCACUUCAUUCAAAAGUUUCUAUGGCAAUUCAACUGAACAGUCAAACCAAAGCCAAAGACAUUCUGGCUCGAUUUCACUGUGAAAACAGCUGUGGAUCCUCAGAAAACAUGAAAGGGCAGAGCCAAAGUUUAUAUGAAAUUGGAGGAAAUAUAGGUCAGCACUGUUUGGAUCCAGAUGCAUAUAUGUUAGAUGUGUACCGUGCAAAUCCUCAAGCAGAAUGGCUGAUAAAACCAAAGACAAGUUGAAGCUUGCAAUGACAAAGAACAAUGAUUUGGAAAAGGCCAAAGGGAUGGCAGUGAUACCUUCUAUCUCAAGACCUUGCCACAUGAAACCAAAGCACUAAUUACUAUCCUUCCUAACAUGCUUCACAAGUGAUCUAUUCCAUAAACUAAAUAUGACAUGAGAACUGUUACUCCAAUGAAUAGAAAGCUAUACAAUGUCAUGCAGUGGUUAUACUUUUACAUGGAUUACACUGUGCCAGUUGUUCACUGGAUGUGAAGGAGGAAGGGCAGCGGUACUUAGAAAACAACCUGCGGAAUAUAAUAGAGUUUUCAUUUAACUUGAUUGUGAAAACACACAUUUCUAAAGACAGUCUAGAAUGCAGAGAACACUACCAACUACAAGAUAAUGCAGAGUAAUCACAGUGGUCUAUAAAACAGGGGAAAAUUGGACUUGGUCUUGAACUUGGACUAGGGGAGCUGGAGUAACAGCAGUGCCAAAAUGUGGGUGAAAUCAGUCCCUUCUAUGAAGAGUAAAACUAUUCAUAAGUAAAAUGUACAUUAUUCCUAUAUUUAUGCAUCUGACUCACUCCUCAUUUGUGGCUAAUAUUGAGGAGAAAGAAUUACUGUGUAAAAACAAAUGUACUGUUCAUGUAUGUUGUACUGUAAAUAUUACUGUCAAAUUUCUGAUAUUCCAUGCUAUAUGUCUCUUUCUAUUUCUGACCAUGUAUCUGUAGCAUCACGGCUUCAAACUUGGAACAAUUCCUUUUCCCUCCUUCCCCAUAUGCAUACACACAAGUGACAGGAGAUGGAAGGCAGAUGCCUGGCAGAAAAAUGAAUGACUUGGAUCCUUCAUAUUCUUCCCACCUCCUUUUCACUUAAUAAUUUUGGGUUUAAAAUAUUUCCUGCAUAAUGUCUUAAUAUAUGUGACAAACAUUGUAAUGGUGCCAGUUUACAGACAACUCCCUUUAAAAGCUGUAGGUUCUUAAGUGCUUAGGCUAUUUGCUUUUCCUUUAUCUAUUUUAGUUUAAUAUGUUUUUGAACUAUUCAGCAGUGGGGAGGGGGAGGGGGCUUUGUCUGGACCUGUGUAAUGGCAAGUGUUAAGGUUUCCCUCAUCACAGAUGUGGAGGACAGCACAUUUCUGAUGAGAGGUGGGCUUUAAUAUUGUUUAACAUUUAAAUAGUCUAAAGGCCACAAGCCAGUUGAGCCCUAUUAUGAUCCCUGUCAUGAAUUGCAUAGAAUCUAAGAAAUGAGAUUUAACAGGUAGACCAGAUAAAUAUAUGGGUAAGUGUGGUGUUGGGAACACAAAGUAAUAAAUAUAAUAUGUUAUCUCCAAUUCUUAGCCAGUCAAGCUGUGAUCACCUCUCCAUCUGAACAGCUGUUAUAUGAGUCUCUACUUUACUAUAUGCAUAGAUGUGUAGGCUCACACAUUUGCUAAUUUGAGAACCAUUCAUUCUCUAGAAAACACGAGGUUGCAAAAUUGGAAAUUGGAAAUCUUUCAAAUGUAAUAGAGGGAGGCUUCUGACAUUGGAAUAUUUACUACAUACUCAGUUCAUUGGGAAUAAACAUGUUGAUGGUUUUUCCUCAGGAUUUGGGUGCAGACAGAUGGAGAUAAAAAAAUCCUUUAUUUGUGAGAUAUCAACAGGCAACUAUUCUGAACUGUGUCCUAGAAGUGAAUGUAAAGUCCUUUAGCGGGUGGUAAAGCCCGGAAUGAUUUUAUGCAUCAGGGUGAUAAUAUUUAUAUGUUUAAAGCCGCAAAAUUUUGAAUUAGUAAAUAUUAUGCCUUAGAAGACACCCAUGCAGCUUCACUGUAUUUAGUAUGAAAAGCUAGUCCUUGGAAAAAAAAAUAUUUCCCAUGAUAACAUGGGCUAUAAAUGGCAGAAUCUGGCUUAUUUUCGUUAAAAACAAUGGUAGGAUACAUUUUAGAAACAAUACUUAGUAACUAACAAACACAGCGCAGUUUUAAUUUUUUUUUAUACUGAGUACUAGGAUACAAUACUAACAUCUAGUUACAGUGAUUUCAACACAGGUGCAUUUAGCUUUUUUUUUAAAACCAAAACAAUACUUGUUAUCACAAGUAUUAAUUUAAGCAUAUUAGAUUUAGUCCAGUGGCUUGUUCCCAGGACUAAAAGUCAGGGGUCUACCUGGGUUCUGUUUCUGUCUUACAUAGGUUCUUUCUGUGCUUGUGGACAAGUAAGGCAAGCCUUUCUGCCUCUAUUUUAUUAUCUGUAAAAUCUGGCUAAUAUUUCUUUUAGGAAUAUCAUAAGAAUUAGAGGUAAAGUCUAAUCUCAGAUACACGUAUACAACUCCCAGUCAGCCUGGCAGGCAGAGUAAACAUCUGUCUUGCAGGGGUAUAUGAUCCAUAUAGGGAUUUUAUGUAGAAAGUGCUUUGAGGAUGACCAGCAUUAUGUGAAUGCUAAGUAUUAUUGUAUUUAUUACUUUUAAAGAUUUUUAUGAUUUUCCAGAAAACAGGCGCAUGCAUCUGUUAAGUAACUUAACAUUUGUAUAAACCAAGUAUUUCCAAACUUCUCCUACUUCCCCACAUGCCUAAACACGUGGCAUUAUAACUGCAUUAGGAAUAGAUCAGACUACCUGUGAGCUCAUAUAAUAACUUACUGCGUAUGUUUUGCACUCUUAAAUGAGGAUUUCACCAGAAAUUGUUCUUAAAAUAAAUCUCACUAUAUUUUGUUCAAGAAAAGAAACUGCUUAAAAUAUCUUGGACUCUUCCCACUUUCUAACAGAACAAAGAAAAGCCAUAUUUAAAUUAAGGAAAUCUAUCCUGUGGUAUCUACAUUAUUAUUUUUUUAAAAGAAGUUGUCUGUAAUCUGAAUAGCAUGUAAGUAGAAGCAAAUGGAAUAGAUUACAGAAAAAAGUGCUAGCAUAAGGCCAAAUUUCCACUGACCCUGAAAUGAAAUAAUAAAAUUCCUAUUGGCAAGUAUCUGACCAAAAUUUUCAAACUUAAGACACUUAAGAUACUUACUUUAAGCCUCCAUGUCUGAAAAUAUAGGUCUACAUUUCUUAAUUUCUGCUUCCAUAAGCAGCAGUUGCAAUCAAAGUUUUUAAAAAUGUAUUGUGUUCAGUAACAAAAUUGUGUAGUGAAAUAUUAAUGAGGAAGAGAUAGAGUUUAGCAAGAAAACCUUAUCCUGGAAGCUCCCAGUAUGCAUCUAGUGUUUACAUACGCCAGGGUUCUGUAAAAUGAUCAUUUUGUACAUCAACACAUAUCUUUAGAACACAUUGUAAGAAGUAGAUAUUGUGAACAUACUGGAAUGGUUCAUCUAAGUCGUUUUCAUAUUGCUAAUGUCUUUAUAAUGUAUAUAUACAAGGUAAACUACCUCAGUCUGCAUUUGCUACGGACAAAAAUCAUUCUGCUUAAAAGCUUUUUAUUCCAUAGCUUCUCUAUUAGUAGCCCUAUUGUUCAGCCUUUCAUGUUGCUGGGUAAAGUGUCUCAUUUCAGCAGUCAAGAUCUGGAAACUAGCCAAAGCUUUAGAAAUCAAAAGGCAGAUUUCAUAUUACGAAAGAAAUCUCAUACAAGACAUAUUACCUUAGCCAUUGCUCUCUCUUUUUUCUAUGAAUGCUCAAAACCACCAGGUGUGUAUCCCGUGUGGUUCAAUGUUGCAGGGGAAACAUAUUAGCUUUUCAAAUUUUAACUUUUUUCAGAUGUUUCUCAUUAGUUUUCCAUAAUGUGUCACUACCUUAAAAAAUAAUACAAUGCCACUAGCUGCAGCAAAAUGUUUGUAUAAGUCCUUUACCCCUCCUCAUCAUAAUGUUUAGUGUUUUGUUACAGUAAGUCCACCCUCGAUAUAGUAAUAGUGUUUGUAAAGUGAAAUGUAUACACUAUUUUAUCCAGGUCAAAAAUAAAAAAUAUAUCAAACUAAAUUUCUUACAUAAA